GCCAACUCAGAUCACCACUCUCCCAGGGAAAUUCGUCAUUUGGAUUUCGUCUUACAAUUCACAAAUGAUAUUCGCCAUAUUGACGGCGCGAGUAACGUGGUUGCCGAUGCGAUGUCUCGCAUUGAGUUGAACCGAAUAGGGGCGCCCUCUCUCAAUUUGGAAAUUCUGGCCGCUGAACAAAAGUCGGAUCCAGAUUUCACCGAAAUUACGUCCAAACCUUCGUUAAGUUUCGAAUUCUUACCCCUACCAGACUCCGAUACACGAAUUCAUUGCAAUGAACGUUUAGCACCGAUCAUUGCAUAUGGAGGAACAUCCGACAGGACGCUCGUCAGUGGGCCAAAUACUGCCUCACUCGCUCAGCUGGCAAGGUCCACAAGCAUGCACGAAGUCCACAAUCUUACUGCCUCUCACGCCAACAAUCCCGUCUCAGCAGUUCCAACACCUGUACCACCUCUACCCAAAACCCUGUUACAUUAA